UAUAAUAUUAAUCUCAAAAGCACAAUAAUAUAAUAUGUCAGCAAAUCUUCACCUUGUGGCGAUGGUUCUCCUCUUCUGUAUGGUGAGCAAAAGCGUCGUAGCGAUGGCUCGCCCGAUGAUCUCAGGCGGGCGUGAUCCAUGCUCUGUGUCAGACUUCAAGGUCUUGUGCAGAUCAGUCGUAAAAGGUCAAAAGAAUGUUAAUGCAGCGACGGAAGUUUCCAUAAGAGAGCUGAUGAAAAGAACGACAAAGGCUAAAGAAGUCGCUGCUAGUCGCCGGAAAAGUGGUGGAGGACUCAAGACUUGUUACUCAAACUAUGAUAGUGCGAUUGGUAAUCUACAAAAGGCGUUGAAAGACCUUAAAAAGAAUGAUGGAUUUAGCCUUAACAUCAAUCUUAGUGCAUCAUUAACGGAAUUUGAUACAUGCAACGACGCCAUGGGCGGUGCUAAGACGUCGAAUGUCUUCGCUAGAUCUACAAAGACUUUGCAUGAAAUGGCUGAUAAUUGUUUAGCGCUCUCUACUCUUGUUAAACAAUGAUAAUAUAGUGAAAAUGUGAUUGUUGAUAAUGAAAGAGGAAAAAAAAACUGAUUUGUUUCUGUAUGCGAUAGUUUUUUUUUGUGCGGGAGCCCUCGCUUCUUGAUUGAUUUCAAGAGUUCUUUUUGUGGUUAAGAAAACAGAAAAAUGAGCAAAAUAUA